ACUAACGCCUUACGCGAGGUAGCAGUCACAAAAAUUGACGUCAAACGAAUAGUUGAUGUUUACGUUGCUGCGGUGGGAGGGGAAAAGUUCGCCGCACUAGAAACGGAGUGGAAGGGGAGUGUGAAAGAGCCAAGAGGAUAAGCAGUCGCACAGGUGGCAGUAGCAGCGGUAAAGGCCUCCGCCACGGCAGAAACAGAACGUACCUCGCAAACAUUUGCAGGCGAGCGUGUGAAUCAGACGAAGUCUGUGGUAUGCGCCAGCCAGCUGUAGAAUUAGACUAGAUGAACAGCAACACGUCGAUAAGUUAGUGAUCAUUUUAUUUACCGAAAACAAGACAUUUGUAAGGAAACUUUUUACAGAAUAUGCAUGGACUAUCAAUAAUUUUAUUACAUCCCAUCAAUAAAAACAAAACAAAAAAUCCGUUACAACACCAGCAUUCCCUCCCAGAACAAAAUCGUUUUGUUAACUAGUAAUACCGUUAUCUUGGGUAAAAAGAUAAGCUAGAGCACCGUUACCUUGAAUAAAAAGAUAAGCUAGAGCAGUCAUUGUCAUCAAGUUCACACCCUCGAGUUCAGUAUUUCUACAAUAGUGCAUCCAACAACUGCAGGAGGCCGAAAUUACAACUACUAACCAGAGAAGAACAAGGAAAAUUCGGGGAGAAAAGGCAUGCAAGGUUUAUCAGCAAGAACGCUUUUACUCGUAUUAGCAUGCAGCGUUUUGAGCAGCAUGCUAACGUUCCUAGCAGUGACACCGACAACGACCAGAAUUCUUUCCCCCGUGGCCAAAAUUCAUGAAAGAUUCCAAGACCUCCACGGACACAGUCAUGAGGAAGAGAGAGAGAUUCCUGAUAAUGUUCUAGCACAACACGACCCAUCGGAACUGCAUCAUAAAGGAGAAGCUAUAGAGGCAGAGAGAAUAGCCCAAGAGGUCAAAGUUCUUUGCUGGAUCUUGACGAGUCCUUCAACCCACGAUAAAAAAGCCAAACACGUCAAAGCCACUUGGGGAAAACGCUGCAACAAGCUAAUCUUCAUGAGUUCGUCAAAUGAUUCGGUACUGGGCGCCAUCGACAUAGGAGCAGGCGAUGGUCGUGACGUUCUCUGGGGAAAGACCAAAAAGGCUUACAAAUAUGUGUAUGACCAUCAUCUCAACGAGUACGACUGGUUCUUCAAGGGAGAUGACGACACAUAUGUCCUCAUGGAGAACAUGCGAUACAUGCUAGCCGCUUAUGACCCGACCUUCCCAAUUUAUUUUGGAUCACGAUUCAAAAAAUUUAGUAAACAGGGAUACAUGAGCGGAGGAGGGGGCUAUGUGCUUAGCAGAGCGGCAGUGAAAAAGUUCAUAGAGGAUGCUCUACCUAACAAACUGAAAUGUAAAGAGGAUGACACCGGUGCAGAAGAUGCAGAAAUGGGAAAAUGUCUCGACAACAUUGGUGUCCUUGCGGGAGACUCGAGAGAUAGUUUAGGACGUGGAAGGUUUUUCCCUUUUACUCCAGCCACCCACCUCAUGGGCGGGGUGCCUGACUGGUAUUUGGAUUACGUUUACUACAAACCUGAUACGGGUCUCGACUGCUGCUCCGACACUCCAGUCACGUUCCAUUACGUUAGUACAGAUCUAAUGUACACCUUAGAGUACCUCUUAUAUCAUGCAAGACCCUACGGUAUUGUCCAUCAUGAUCCAUAUCCGGCGCCUUUACCACCAGAUACAAAAAGUAUACCAGAACCGAUUCUGGAAAAGCAACGACAGAAACUUGAAGCUCUGAAGAGUAAAGAACAGCAACAAAAUGACAUCUUGACGCAGAAAGUAGGGGAAAAUGUUAUAUCUGUAUAAUAAAAUUUAUAUGUGAAUUGCAUGUGUAAUAUGUAACGCUAAACACAAUUACUUGUUUUAAUAAUAGACAUUAAUCUUAGCAUCAGUAGCAAUAGUAGUAUUGUAAGCACUGCGGCACAUUUCCUCCUAUAUGAUCCAUAAAUUGCACAAUAAAUCCUUAAUGAUUUACUCUUCCUAAGAACUGUAAAUAAACCUACACCUUCAUA